GUAUGUUAAUAGAGCAUCAAGGUGCUUCUUCUACGUGAUUAGGAGGUAGUAACCUACAUCGACAAGAGGAAAGGAUUACACAAAAGUCUUACUUAUUUCUUCUAUUUUGCUUUAAGACCCCAAGCUAAUAAUUAUUGCCGUGUAUUAUUUGGUCAAAUUCUCUUAUUAUCUUCUCGUGUUAUCCGAGUGCAGCAAUGUCCGAAGUUCUUAAAAACUUCUGAAUUCCUCUGUAGAUGCAAAUGAGAAUUUCACUGAAUGAGGAAGAUGUAACCAAUGUUGGUGGUAUUGAAAGGCAGUAUACAAAAAUGUCAGCAAGAACUGCCUCUGUCCAUGCCAAAUGGAUUAUAGGAAAAGUGAUUGGGACAAAAAUGCAGAAGACUGCCAAAGUCAGAAUAACUAGACUUGUGCUGAAUCCGUAUCUGUUAAAGUUUUACAAUAAAAGGAAGACUUAUUUUGCUCAUGAUCCAAAAGAACAGUGCACUGUGGGUGAUAUCGUGCUUCUAAAGGCUUUGCCUGAACGAAGGACCAAGCACGUUAAACACGAACUGGCAGAAAUUGUGUUCAAAGUUGGAAAUAUCAUUGAUCCAAUCACACAGAAACGCUGUGGUGGAAGCAGAAUUAUUGAACCUGUUAAAGACUCUGAUUUAGAUACGGGAUCCCUCAGUGAUCAUAUGAAGAAUUUAGAGAUCAAUGGUGUGCAGAAUAAUUCAGAACAUAAAACCUCUGCAGGUUGAACCAUAAUUAAAUAUUUAUAAAUUUGGAUGUAUAUUUAAUAAAUAUUCAUAUUGCAAAUGUUAUUCAGAAACAAAAAAAGUACAUUUUUUAUGCAAAAGAAGUGUACGAUGAUUCUCUCAUCUUGCAUUCAUGUUUUCCUGCACUUUGGAAGUGAUUGGAUUUUCUGAAAUCUUAGUAAAAUAAACCUAAAUGAUUUCAUAUACUCAA